CAUUUCUAUUGACAAAUGAUACUCACGAGUACUGUCAGCCCAUCGUUGAAAAUUGGCCUCCAAUUUCUCGGGAUGUGGCCGAAUGUAGCGCAUUCUACCGUUUAUUGGUUGAGUGUUAUGUUGAGUAUACUGAUUAUGCAAUGUUUUCAAUAUUUGUAUAUAUUUAAACAUUUAAAAGUCAGCGAACUCUUGAAUCUCGUUGAUAGUUUGACUGUAGCUAUGGACUACAGUUUGACGAUGUUUAAAUUAAUUUGCCUGUGGAUAAAUCGUCGAGUCUUUCAUCAAAUUUUGACUGCUAUGGAUGAUGAUUGGCACGAAUGUAUCAAUAAUGAUCAGCAUUUGUAUAUAAUGACAGUCAAAGCUAAUAUAUCGCAUUUUUGCUUUAACGCUUUAUUGAGCUUUAAUGCGAUUGCUACGAUACUUUACUUUUUAGGCGAUUACAUAGUUCGUUUUAUGUUUCUAAAUGAAGAAUAUAAUGAUACUUUACGGCAACUUCCUGUAAAAAUACAACUUCCCUUUGAUAUCCAACAAUCACCGAUUUUUGAGUUUCUUGCUUUAACAACUAUUUCACAUGUAAUGUUACAUGCAAGCAUUGUCGCUAUUUUAAAUGGAUUGAUCUUUACUUUGGUACUUCAUGUAAGCGGACAAAUUGACAUAAUAUGCCAAGAGCUUAAAAAUAUUUCUGAGAAUAUUCUUUAUAAAUCUUCCAUGUUCUCACUUGGAAUGUUAAUUGAGAGGCACAACAAAGUUAUUUUAUUUUCUGAAAAUAUGGAGAAGUUUUUCUCUUUUUUUGCUUUGAUGCAAGUUGUUUGGAAUACAUUAGUUAUUUCUUCUAUAGGAUUUGUUUUUAUUAUUUUUAUGCAUAGCGAAACUGGUAUUUUCAUAUUAAUCAAAACUAUCUUUGCUUAUAUUGGAAUAAUGAUUGAGGCCUUCAUUAUUUGUUUUGCUGGAGAAUAUCUUAGCCUCAAGGGUAACUUAAUUGCAAGUGCAACAUAUGAAAUAUUAUGGUAUGAUAUGCCGCCAAAUCAGAGCAAAAUAAUAAUGUUUGUAAUAAUGAGAUCUCAAAAGCAAUUGAGGAUCACGGCAGGAAAAAUGAUGGAUAUGUCAAUUGAAACUUUUGCGAGUAUUAUAAAAGCAUCAGCAUCAUAUUUAUCCGUCUUAAAUGCUAUAUAUUGAUUUUCAACAAAAGCACGAUAUUCAUUUACUGAUUUCGUAGAGAGUUAGUAAUGUGAAACAAAUAAAUUAGAACAUUUUGUUGAUGAAUAAUUAAAUUAUUAUAAGCUAAGAACUAAUCAUUAAAACUUUGUAUAUAGAUUUAUAGAAUAGUAAAUUUUUAAAUAAAUA